AUGAAGACUUACCCCUUGGCUUUCCGUGUUCGCCAGAAAUCGAAUGUCAACCAACCCCACACUGUUCAUCUGCGUCGCAUUUUUCUUGCGAUACUAACAUCGCCCAUUCCCCAUAGAUCCCUCAACACUGCCAGAGGGAUCACAUCCUGUUUCUUCAAGACACACAAGGCCCCCGGUGCAUAUCCGCAAAACACGGAGAUCCUUCGCUGCCAUUUGAGUCCAGAAACUGUAAGGACGAGCGCAACAUUGCGUGGAGCGAUUUAUACCCGCCUCUUCCUUUCUGGGCGCCAAUUGCACUGCUCCCUUUACUCUCUUUGAUCUUCUUCAAGUACCACGUCCACAACUCUGGUAUAUCCCCGGCACGAGCCCCUCUUGAUGGUUUACCAGUGACUCCUGCCACAUUCAGAGCCAGUGGUAGUCCCGCACACAUGUCAAGAAUCUCUCUAAACUUCUCUCUCGAUACUGGAUCUUCUACUUCGCCACGCGAUGCCCCACUCGCAUGAAUCAGCAUAUCGUACGCAUUACGCCCUUCCCUCGGCUCAAACUUAACUUGCUCGCCCAGAUCUAUUAGCGUCGGAUCUCUUCUGGACUACAAAACCAUGCUCGCUGGCUCAUCAUUUCGCACCGCGGUGCUGGCAAGGCUGGCCAGUUUCAGCAAGAUCCUCUCGUCAUCGCUGUUGCGCGACCAGAUAUCAUCGAAGAUGAAUAGGCAUCGACGACCUGCAAACCAAGCUUGAACCCCUGUUAGCACCUCAUCCAGGUCGGCCAGAUUGGACAGCUUGUCCCCUUCUUUACGUCCCCCAGAGAUGCGGACAGCAUUGCAGAGUCGUUGCUUCAGCUCUGCUUCUCUUGCGUCUUGCCCUAAUGUCUAAAAAUAAACUCCGUCUGGGAAGCGCGUGACAACUUCUCUAUCAUGUGCAAUUGCUCGUAGGGCGCAUGUUUUUCCGACCCCGGCUUGCCCAACUGCCGUUGCUCCUACAUGCGAAGUUGUUCCGUUGCUCAAAACAGCCGCCUUUAUCCUUCUCUCUACUGUGUCAGGAACAACGCCACCGUGGGCAGAGUCCAAAUCAACGAGCACUGCAGGAGAGUUGAAUUCAACCGCGAAACUGGGCUUUAACACGUCACCGACCGGUGCAUGUGAGCGUAUCUCACCAACUACAAGCGAUCCUUGUCUGCGCGUCUCUCUCACCCCGUGCAUUUCCCUCCGUACGUUAUCAAUAGAAGCUAGAGCUUUUCGGCUUCCUUUUGGCGCGCAAUUAAGACAUCUUGAUCUCCAAUGGCUGACGCCACGGCGCGUAACUUACCCUUCGGAUUCUCUAUUUCUUCCUUGAGUUCCUCGACCAACCCCGAAGCAGAGCGCCAGACGGCUUGAAUAUGUGUUUGCAACUCAUUCUUGUGUAGGGGUUCUAGGUCGUGAAUAGGGACCUUCGCGACAUUCCCCGUCAAUUCCUGGAGCUCGAGAUAUUUUUUGAGUACUUUUGUGGCCAAGCUUCCGUUGUUCUUGAAGGCAUCUUGUGUGUCCAUGGCCAGGCCAACAAGGCCGACGACCUCCUCCACCGCGCCAACCUGUUCAAGGACACUCAAAGGAUCCAUGAUUCCUGAAGACGGCAAGCUGUAGGACGAAAUGGAAGCGUAGGGUGUCUGAUAGGAGGCGAAAGAAAGGAGAUUGUGCGAGUGGCCGCGUUUGCAGUUGUUGUUGCAUGCGAGGGGAUAGAUGCAAUGCGAAAGGAUGUGUAUGCGUUGCCGACGCGAGGGUGUCUGCAGCGGGGCUUUUGGGUGCCUCAAGUAUGCAUAACGAAAAUGAUAACGGCUUGUGAUUUCCGUGGUUUUGAAGGCUGUGUGCUUAGGGUCGGCAACGAUGACUCUCCAUCCAGCGUGACACAUUUCCAAGUCUCUAGGCCAUACAGCAAUGUUUAGGGGCUUUAUUUAUGAUUGUUGAUUUUUCGAGAUUCUGCCCUUUUGGUUGGCCCGUACAUCGAAGUGUCAAAAAUCUCACUGGGACGUUGAUACUGUGCAGGCUAGAAGCUAACGAUUCAUUAGGGCGUGCCGCUGCCUUAUCGUGCCGUUUGCUGUCGAAAUGCGCUCCUGGUGCGUUGACGAUAACGCACUCCUGAUCCUGCAUUAAGAACGUGCACUACAACAGUUAUGCCCUGCAACUGGUACGGCACUGGGCGGCUACUCAAAGUGCCUUGAAAUACGAUACGUACCGUAACGUUGUCCGUAAAGUCGCGAAAAUACGCGAGUUUGCUCGGAUUUUCUGAUUGCAAAAUUUUCAGACAACGAGUUUUGCAAAACUCACAGCAUAACGAAAACUCGGGGCAUGUGAGAGCCCGUCCCAACAUAACCAUGCCUUUCUUUCCGAUAUCAAGUUAGGCCAUAUGAUUGGUCACUGCGAGGUGCCCACGUGAAAGACAUUGAUAGUAUAUAUUGAAGACCUUAGGGUGACCCCACCGCGCCUUGCCCAAAAUCGCAAAAAGCAGACAGUUGUCCUCCGGUAAUUGGAUCUACUAUCUUUUAAUCAAGCCGCGCUUUGGGGGAGGUGGUGAUUCAGAGAUGAACCCCACCGCGCCUGUAACACGAUACAUCUAUUCAUAUUCAGGGUCACCCCAAUUAGGCUACAAGUAUGUCGUAGAAAUACAUUUGGCGCAAAGAAGCAA